UAAGAAUAUACAUACUGUAAACACUGCAACUGUACUGACACAAAAUUCGGUUUUCUAUUUGUAAUAGUUACGUUAAAAAUUCCGACAAAAAAUUGUGAUUUAAACCAAAAACGAAACGAUGACAACCACAUCGAUAGCUCAAAAGAUAAAAGAGAGGAAUACCGCUCGUCAAUUAAGAUUCGGUUCUCCAAAAUUACGUGACCAUUUGCGACAGAAAUGCCGAAGCAGAAUAAAGGAAUCCCGUGUGAUGUCAUUCGAUAACAACAGAGCAUUCGAAAAUGACUUCUUAUCCCGUAUUGUAAAAGACGAACUCCGAGAAAUGGACAUUGACAUUGAGCUGCAAACGCAAUUUUAUGCAGAAAUCGAACAGGAGAUCUUACAAUGGACAAUUGAAGAAUUCGAACGAGAAAAUGAUUACCUCCUCAACGAUAGGCCAACAUUUUUCUGUCCUUUUUGUCAAAAGUCCGAACUGAAUUUCCAUUCGGCCGAUGUGGAUCAGAUGUCGUGCCAGAGAUGUGGCAUUCGCUUCAAGUGCCUCGGAACACCCGACCAAUUCCAUGAACUUUUCCAACGACGGCUGGUACAGCACGAGUUGAUAUGCGAUGAAAAUUUGAACUUUUUCGUCGAACCAAUUGCACCGAACGCAGCCGUCCAGGGACUGAAUGCCAUUUGUAUGGAAUGUGAUUUUUACGCGAAACUCUAUUGAGAUUCUGCCGGCAAGCCGGCGUUUCGCUUGUGUGUACAUAGCCGUAAAUAAUAAGACUUGAAAAUUGUAAAUUUUCUAAAUGAACGACAUGAAAAACAAAAA